GGAGGAGCGGGAAAAACAUGGCAGCGGAGGUGGUGAAGAGGCGGAAGAUGAGCCAGGGACGGCUCUGUUGGAGUAGGCGGGUGUCCCGGAGCCAAGAUUCGGGCUGCACAGAGGACAAAGAAGCCCAGCAAUGAACAAACUGGUGACGAAAGCAGGCAUGUGGGCGCUCGGGAGAGUCGGUGCCGCAGGAAAUGGGAUGGGGGGCGUUAGGGGCGGUUUCAACAGGGUCAGCAACUUCAGCAGAGGCUACUCAUACUACAGGAAACGCAGACCCGAGUACGUGUACUUCAACGGGGCGAAGCAGCAGGGCUACUCGUACAGGGAUUACCGGAACUUCUGGAGCAACAUGAGCGGGCCGCAGCGGCGGGUGGCGUACGGGCUGGGCGGAGUGAUGGUGGUGUUCUUGGUGACACACGUGCAGGAGGCGCCUGUGACGCACCGGUGGCGGCUUAUGACGACGCCCGAGUGGAUCGAGCGGAUCGUGACGAGGUCGAGCUUCCGCGGGGUGAUGGGAGAGUUUGGGAACAGCGUGCUGCCGGAGAGCCACCCGGUGAGCAGACAGGUGGCGAAGGUGAUGGUGCGGUUGAUCAACGCUGCGCACGACUACCCGGACCCGGAGACGGGCCGGCGGCUGAACUUGUUUACGGAGCUGGGCAAGGCGGACAUCCCGCUCGACGAGUGGCGGUUCUACGUGAUUGAUGACGUGGCGAUGGGCCGGCCGACGCCGAAUGCGUUUGUCAUCGGCGGCGGCAAGGUGUUCAUCUUCCGGUCGAUCUUGCCCAUCUGCGAGGACGAGGACGGGCUUGCCACGGUCUUGUCGCACGAGCUGGGCCAUCUCCUCGCCGAUCAUCUGGGCGAGAAGCUCACGCUCUCGCCGUUCCUGCUCACGCUCAACAUGGCCAUGUACUCGAUCUUCGGCAGCUCCAGGCCCGGCGACAUCCUCGUCAACGCCUUGCUCGACACCUCCUUCUCCCGCGAGAUGGAGACCGAGGCCGACUACAUCGGCUUGAUGGUCAUGUCCCGGGCCUGCUACAACCCGCAGAAGGCCCCCCGCCUCUGGCAGAACAUGAUGAAGUUCGAGCGCCAGAACGGCCAGACCCCACCCGAGCUGCUCAGCACCCACCCCUCUUCCGACAGACGUUUCCGCAACAUCUCCGAGUGGAUGCCCAAGGCCGUUGCCGUCUACAGCGACAGCGGCUGCCAACAGGCCCAGGGCUUCAACUCGCUCCUCGGCGGCUUCUCCGGCUUUGGCAAAGUCUCUCUCGUCUGACAGCCAUCCCUUGUAUAUACUCUAGCCAAACACUUUUCAUAUCUGCCCGACUUCCGUCCCUACUUGCCCGAUCCCAGCCAAUCCCAGCCGAUCCUGUCCUCUAUUAUCCA